CCUUCACUGACGCAAUGGCUUAUAAUUUCACAACCGUAAGCUCAACAAACACAACGCAAACUUGGUACAAUUCAGAAUAUUCCGCCCUCGGCCCAAUUUCCAUCUUCGUUACCUUCGAGACUUCACUGACUCCAUCAUGCUCCCCAUUACCCGUCACUGUCGCAGCCACUGCCGCGACUCCAGUGACUGCGACCGCUCCUCCUUCGAGCUCUGGAAGUUCAGGAUUUAACUGCACUUUUUGUGGGUCCUCGAACCAAACAAAUGGUGCUCACAUAACGUCUCCGGUCGCUGCAGGAAUCGGCAUUGGAUCCGCUGUUGUGGGUGCUAUGAUUGCAGCACUCAUCUUCUUCUUCUUCAUCCUGCCUAGUCGAAAGAGUUCAUCAGAAAGCUACCAGCAACAAGACUUUGCCUUAGACGAACGAGGCUCUGCUGGAAAUGAGAAGUUCGAUGUAAGCACAACUGUGACGAACAUCAAACAUUUUGUGCCCCAGCCUACCGAGGACGAUGCGAUGACUCGUGAUUUGACUACGAUCUUUGUAGCUAUCAAGGACCAUAUCCAAAACUACUACCACAUUACCCAGGACCAGCGUCAGAUGGUGGAUGAGGAGAGGCUGAAUGAACUGUCCAGAGCAACGGCAAUUCCAAGCCGGGACAUUGUGGGCUUGCUUCACAAUUCACGAACGGGGAUACCUACUCUGCGGCUUUUCCUCGCGUGUUAUAUACUUUCGAGAUGCACUGAGCAAUCGGAUGAGGCGCAAUCAUUUCUUCCAGAUGAAGUAUUGGCUUUCAAGGGCUUGAAUUUUACAGGCCAGCCCUCCACUGCUAAUCAAGUCACUUUGUUGAGUAAAUGGAAAACUAUUUCCGGUACCCUGCUUGCACGAAAAUACAGCGAGCCACCAACGGGAAACGAUAAACGCUUGGCCAGGAUUGAAAAAGCACUUGAUGCUUCCGAAGCCAUCCUCCGUCCAUUCCUCAAUAGAGGCAUUGAGAUGGACACAGAAACACGUCGCCACAACCUGAGAGAAGUCAUGAAGCUCGCUGCCCAAUACGCCUUCUCUAUGUUCUCCCAGCCUUGCUCGUAUCGUUUCGAUAAUACCAGGGUCGGACAGCCUGACACCAUGGUAGUGUUCCCGGCUUUACUGAUUACGGUCAACCAUGAGGGGCAGGAGUUGUCGCCACCAAAAGUGCUGAGAGAGGAGGAAGUGGUUAGUGUGGGCAGAUACUAA